CACAACUUGAGCAUGAACAGUGGUGGUGUCUAACAUGUAAGACACUUCUUUUCGGGGCUUGAAUCUUACUCUUCCUGGGAAAUGGAGUUAGGAAAACAUGAGAGAGAAACCUCAGCAAAGGGCACUUUAUGGAAGGAGAAACAGAAGCAGCCCCCACAAAAUGGAGAACCAACUGAGACGCCAGCUGUGAAAGAAAGUUCUUCUCUACGGUUUCUUUACAGGGAACAGGUUCCGUCCGAAUCUGGAUUUCUGAGGUUCACAUUUGUUCCCACAUUCGGAAGACUGCCAAGUCAGUUCCAUGUUGUUGAUGCCUCUUCAUUUCUUGUGAGGGUUUCAGAGGAUCCUUUUCAGAAGAAAAAUCAAGAUAUUAGAAACACGACUGAAGUAAUUGCUGAAGGCCGGGGCAUAGAAAGUGGACCUAAGAGAAACAGUGAAGCCUCUGGAUGUAGAUGGAAUAUCCACAAACAUUUACAACCACAAGAGUGUAACGCAAGCAAAGGGAAAAUGGACAAAGAUGAUCUUUUCCAAGCUGAUUUUGUCUUUGUGACGGAUUCAGAUGAAGACAAAACAAAAAUGGCAGACAAUAGCUAUGGACGUGAAAGAUCCCAGAUUUCAGACACAUCUCAUGUGUCUACAAGAAGCAAGUCAAGAGGAAAUGCAUCACAACAACCACAUACUGAGCUUUUCCACAGUUCUACCAGUCAACAGAAACAGUGCCAGUUCACUUCUCCUCUGUCUACCUCUGGUCAUCCUUCCCAUAAAUCACCUAUUGCCCAUUCACAUUCUCCAACUAACUUAAAAGUUGAACCAGAUCUGAGUCCUACUCUUCAACAAGCCUCUUCAGUACAAGAAUCCCACAGCCAAUGGCAGUCUGCAAACGGAUCCACCACACAUCAGUCCUCUACCUAUUUACAGUCUGCCACUUCUUACAGUGUCCCUUUUUCCACAUUGAAAAGACCUCCCUUCCCGUUUAACAGCCUUUCAGACAGUGUUCAGUCAUGCCGUAAUCAACAAACUAGUAAUCUUCACAAAAUCUCUGAAUCCACUGUGUCCCCUCUACCAAGCAAGGAUUUGCCUCCCUCUUCACAGAUUUCAAGUUCAUCAGAUACUCUUCAAAGCCCAUCCCCUCAUACACUGUCUCCUCCCCCUCCCAAGAGAUUCAAUACAUUGGCUUCAGUUCCAAUCUAUAUCACAACACACUUAUUAUCUCCUAGUCCAAAGCCUCUUUCUUCCCCCUUUCAUGGUUCCUCAUCAACCAUAUGUAGUGUAAACAAUCCUUGCAGCCAUAUAUCUUCCAGGGAAACAUCUGGAAUUAGAUCCCCUCUACCAACAAGGCUGUCUUUUUUGACUGCUAUUCUUAAGUCAGGAUCUUCCCCAAAGAGACCCUUUUCUCCUGCAUCUUGUCCUGCCACAUUUUCCCCCAAUUCUCUAGGCUCUUCAACACUUACAAUAGACCAGAAGUUUCAAACAACACCUCCAACUCCCAAGAAAUUGGCCUCAAAUUAUUCUGUGAGAUCUGAUUCUCCAGGCCAAGAUGAGUAUCUCCUUUCAGUGUUUUCUAAUGUACCCAAUCACAUGACCUUAUCCUCAAAGUCCAGUCCUACUGUUAGAGCCAGAUCUGUAUCCCCUAAAAGGUAUCUUGAUGCCAGAGAACUUUAUCCUGACAAAUUACGUCCAUUGUCACCAACUAUUUCCUCCUACAGAAAAACAGUUGUCUCUCCACUGUUGCAACCGGUGACACUAAAUUCUUCUUUACCUCCUCAUGUCCCAAGAAACACUUCUCAAAUUACUUCAAAGGGGGCACAUUCUCCUGUUGACAGAUACCUAGGGCCUGAGAAAUCUAAGAGGGUACAUACCUACUCUCCCACUUUUACUGCCAAGUCUUAUCCAGUAUCUACACCUACUAGCAACCAACAGGACACGUUAUCUCCCACUUCAGAAAAAUACCCUUCUCUCUCUUCAACCUUUUUACAGCCUACUUGUAAAUCAAAAGCAUGUUUCCCACAGGUCUCUGCUAAGGACCUAAAUGGCCAUUCACCAGUUCCUUCACCACACUGGCCUUUUUAUCAUAAAGGUUCUACCUCACCUACUUCUCAAGACUACAGUACUAGUUCCCCUUCAGUGCAGAUUAAUUCCUCCUCCAUUCAUGCAAACUACAGAGCUUGCCCAUCAUCUUCAAGACCUAGGACCCCAUUAACACAACCUAAAUCUCCUACCAGGGUCUGUUCACCAUGUUCACUGCUGUCAAGAUCCAGGGAAAUGACUUCACCCCUUCCUUCUGACUCUAAGAUUCCCCAGCCACACAAGAUCAAGGCAAGCUACAAGGCAUUUGCAGCAAUUCCAACAAACACAUUGCUCCUGGAGCAGAAGGCACUUAAUGAACCAGAAGGUGAAGAAAGAACUUUGGACACACAUUCAGAGAUCUGUUCCCCCGCCCAACUGAGACAGCAAACUGAAGAGUUGUGUGCUGCAAUUGAUGAAGUCUUACAAGACCCAUUGUCUACACAUCAGCGUGAUUCUUCUCCAAGCUCCUUGCAGAACCUGUUAGCUUCAGAUAUAGGCAAAACAUCUACAGCUUUACAGAGACCAGCUGGACGAGAAACAAGAUUUGCUAACCUCAGCUUGCUGACGCCUACAGUAAACGAGAGUAAAAAGACAAGGCCUGGCGUUAUCCGCCCGACAACUGUGAAAGCAAAAAUAAUAUUUAAACAAGAGGAUCCUAUCCAACCAAAUCCAUUCAAAAAAUACCUGGAAGAAACCACAGAAUCCCAAACCGAACAGGAGUCAUCUCUUUCUCAUCCUUUUUUUCAUACUAAACCGAACUUUCCAACUAAGUCCCCGUUAUACCCCCAGGUCAUCUCUCAUGCUGACUUGCUAACUCCUGGACCAUUCAGUCAUUUGGGUUCCAUCUUUGGUGAUACAUAUGACAACUCUUAUAGCCCUUACCGUCACAAUGCUUUGUAUAAUAAGCCCACUCAUCCAAUAGUGCCUAUUCCAGAAAAUGAAGCACUCAGCUCCAAAGAGCUUCAUUCUGCUCGAAUACAAAGCAAGGCUCAUCUGCCACCCCACCAGGAAAACAAAGAUCAAAGCAGAGGAAGUUUUGCAGACUGCGCACUCCCUCACAGCAGGGCUCCUUGUCUACUCAGAGGAGACCCAGGAGAUUUUCCCGCUAAACUCAACUAAGACACACUUUGUGACUCAGUGCCAAUUGUGGAGAAUACUUACCAGCCUGGUGCAAUGCUGGCACAAAAUCCAAUGCAAAAGUGAACCAAAGUGUUGUAUCAGUAGCACACAACACUAUUUUGAAAUGGCUGUCAGAAGCAAGGCAGCUCACGAGUCUCACAAGUUGAAAUGACCCUGGAAAAGGUCAAUCUUCCAAAGUGUGUGUAAACUGCUAAUGUAUUUUGCAAAGUAAAAGAGUUGCGUUUGAGAAAGCCACUCCUAUUUUGUAAAGGAAUAAAGUUGGAAUAUAGUGUAGAGCACUUCUUGUGAAUCACUAUGCAGAAUCAGUCUGCGUAAGAUCUUUUGUUCCCUCUGAAGGCUGCAGCAAUCUGCCAACUGAGAGUUUCUGUCAUUUUCAACAAUAUCUCCUUCUCUUCUGUCCCAUUUUUUGUUAUGCUUUAUUUCUGGAAAGUGUGAAAGUUUAUUCAAAUUUUGUGGCAACUUAGGUUGGUUCUAAUAAAAGCUAUUGAUACUA